AAAAGAUAAAAAAAAAAAAAAAAAAAGAAGAAAAUUGGGCUCGAUUGAACACCUCAGAGCAAUUAUUUUGCUGCCUGCCUUGUCUUUGCUGCCAUCUGAGAGUGGCGAACUAAGCUGCAGCCUGUUCCAGUCCAUUAUGCACUCCUAUAUUCGCCCAAACGAUUAUGUCGGUGUUCGGUUGCCUUCGGAGGGUACCAGGAUCAUCCGACCUGUGCCAAAUACUACGGUUUCGCUAGGAAAAUACGGCAGCUUCCCUGCGAAUCAGAUUAUCGGGCGACCGUACCACCUCACCUUCGAGAUCACCGAGACCCCCGACGAAGAUGGGAACAUCUUGCGCGUUGUGUCUGCUGCUGAGCUCCAUGCAGAAUCCUUGAUUAGUGAUGGCUCCGGAGAGGCAGAUGGAGAGGGGGAAGAGCUGGAGAUGUAUGGUGAUGGCGAUGCUCCCAUGCGCACGAACCGCGAAAUCGUUGACGACUCGUCCACGCAGAAGAUGACGCUGGAGGAGAUUGAGGCGUUGAAGAAGGAGGCAGGUGGUGCAGGGCGGGAGAUCAUCGCAAAGUUGCUUGAAUCACACACAGCCCUGGAUCAGAAGACCGCGUUCUCCCUCGCCAAGUACACUUUGCGCAAGCGGAAGAAGUACAUGAGGCGAUUUACCCCGAUUCCUCUGGAUGUCGGUUUCCUUACCAACUACAUGCUCGGUGAAAAGGAUGCGGCAAAAAUCAUGGAGCUGAGAGAUGAGGCAAUCGGGCUGAUUGGGUGUUGGGGGAAUGUUCAUCAUGGUGGAAAUACGCCCAUUGAGGAUGCCAUGGGGUCAAGGCCCAACAGUCGUUAUUUCGUUGUCGACGAAACUGGUGGUCUCAUCGUUGCCGCGAUGGCUGAGCGAAUGGGCAUUUUAUUCUCUGAAGAUGGCGAUGAUGAAGCAACCUCUACAGUACCUGAACCAUCGCAGCAUCCGGCCAACGAAGAUGGCCAGACUGAAGCAGACCAGACAGAGCCCGGUGCGGAAGAUUCCGUACCGUCCCGCUCACCACAUCAGCAGCCCAUGUCUGCUUCUGGAAAUACAAUCACCCUCCUUCAUGCCCAUACACGACCCAAUCUUUCUCUCCUGAAGUACUUUGGCUUCGACUAUGAUAAUCCAGACGAGUCUCACCCGCUUUUCAAGCAUUUGAAAACGGUGUCCUGGCUGCAACUCGUUGACCCUAGCACAGAUCCUAUAUACUCAAAUGAGCCAGAGGAACCGUCGCAGGAGACACUGUCAACGAUGAAGGCCAGCAAACGCAAUGCAUUUUAUCGCAAGCGGAAUCGCUGGGCGCGGACUCGAAAUGUUGUGGAUGAGGCCCGAGCGGGGGGCUUUGAUGGUCUUAUCGUCGCCAGUUUGAUGGAACCUGCCACGAUCAUGAAAUACGCUGUGCCAUUACUUACCGGCUCUGCCUCUGUAGUGGCAUUUUCACCCACCGUUGAACCGCUGUCCGAACUCGUCGAUCUGUAUUCCACACAUCGCAAAACAGCCUUCAUCACCCAAAAACGGCAAAUUAGAGAGCAGGAUGAAGAAGACCAGGUACAGGGCUUGGCUGAACUCGAGGCCGAAUUCAUAGUCGACCCCUCGCUUCUCGUCGCGGCGUCAGUCCAGACCUCCCGAGUGCGCUCAUGGCAGGUUCUCCCCGGUCGUACACAUCCAUUAAUGUCCAGCCGUGGCGGGCCCGAGGGUUACAUAUUUCAUGCCAUCCGUGUUCUGCCGGCGCAAGACCAUAUCCAGGCAGCUGGCAAUCAAAGCCGAAAGAGAAGGAAAGUCUCGCAGAAGGAAACCACAGCUCCUGCAACUACUGCUACCGACAGUGGUGACGCCAAUACCGAUAUCCAAAUGAGAUUAUAGUCAGUUACAUGGGGAAAUAUAGAGAACAGCCUACCGCAGAUUUUUGUAUGGUUAUUUUGGCAUCAACAUCAGGUCCUUACGAGUGCCUUAAAGGUUUAUAUAAAUGUAAUUACAGGGCCUCGGAACAAGUCACUAUAGAUGGAAAUCUGCCGCUAGUUGCCAAGAUGCGAAAAUACUUUCGCUUCCAUGUGACGAUGGAAAUCAUUAUACAAAAUUUUGUGCUCGGAAUAUAUCUUUACUUAAUAUUCAUUACUUCACAUCCAUCCCGUACAACACCCACUAACCCGCCGGUUUGGACAGCUUCCGACCCGCCUCCAGAGAGACGCCACUCGAUUUCCGCCAGACCUUCCAGCCAUGUGAUUCUCGUCUGCGCGGGAACUUCUAUCCUCUGCAACUGCUCUCCCAGCGCG